CUUCUCUCUCUCUCUCUCUCUCACACACACACACACACUCAUGUUGGGUGAAGGUAAGUUCAAGCACUCUGUUCCUGACCCUACUGGGGAGGAACUUGAGACAUUCCAAACCGUCAGGAUACGGCUGGAGAGGACUCAUGUGGAAGCUGGUGAUGAACAUGAGAAGGAGUCUAUGGUGGUGAUCCAUCGUAAGAUUGGAAAGGAAGUUCACGAGGAGAUGAAAAGAGAACUGGAGUGCGAGAUUUCUGAAAGAGUUGUAAACCUGGAAGCACUGCAAAAGAUCGCUGGUAGUGGUCAGCUUGAUGGAGAGUUCCGAGCUCUAGUCUGGAAGCUACUCUUGGGUUACUUGCCUCCUGAAAAAGAUGAUUGGGAAAGAGAAUUGGCAGCCAACAGAUCAAGAUAUGCAGAACUGAAAAAGGAGCUCCUUAUAAAUCCUUCAGAAUCCUGCAGGGAGGAGGAUGAGAAGAUGUCUUCAAGUGAGCAGCAGGUUGGACUGCUGUGUAGGCAUGAGAUUUCUAAUGGUGACCAUCCUCUAAAUAUGGGCAAAACUAGCAUUUGGUGUCGAUAUUUCAAGGAUGCAGAGAUUCUAGAGCAGAUAGAUCGGGAUCUUCCGCGUACGCAUCCAGAUAUGAAAUUCUUCUCUGGAGACUCGUCACUUGGUAAAAGCAACCAGAAAGCAAUGAAAGAUAUUCUUUUCCUGUUUGCCAAAUUAAAUCCUGCUAUUGGUUAUGUCCAAGGAAUGAAUGAAGUCUUAGCCCCACUCUACUUUGUAUGCAGGACAGACUUUGACGAGCAAAAUGCACCCAAUGUGGAAGCUGACUGCUUCGCAUGUUUUGUUCGACUGAUGUUUGAUUCUGUGAAUCACUUUUGCCAACAAUUAGAUAACAGCUCCAUGGGAAUUCACAGUACUCUUCACCAGUUGUCUGAACUUUUGCGAACUAACGAUCAAGAGCUUUGGCAGCAUCUUAUGAUCACAUGCAAGCUGAACCCUCAGUUUUAUGCAUUCAGGUGGAUCACUUUGCUAUUAACACAGGAAUUCGACUUUGAUUGUAUCAUAAGGCUGUGGGAUUCUCUUCUUAGCAAUCCCUUGGGAGUUCAGGAGUUGUUGCUGAGGGUGUGUUGCGCUAUGUUGCUGUACUUGAGACAUGAGCUUUUGACCGGUGACUUCACCUCCAAUUUGAAGCUCCUUCAACAUUACCCUCAAGUUGAUCUAGAACGUUUGUUAAAUUUAGCUCAUCAGAUAACUCCCAUCCAUGUCGGGCGUCGCAUUUGAAAAUUGAAACCGCUUUGUAUGUAUUCUUGAUGAACGUAUCCUUCCUGAUCACACCUGUUAAGUUUCAGAAAUGAGCUUUUGUAAAUAAAUAAAUAAAUAAAUUUUAGAAAGGGAAUUAUGAUUAUGCAAUGU